AUGAGUUAUCAAGCCCACGACUUGGAAAAAAGCAUGGCUGUUGAGCCCGAAAAGAAAUCGGUCCACUCCUUUGACGACUACAACGAGCCCAGCUCAUCUGCUAGCGAAACCGACGUUCGCGACGCCAAGGUCAACUUUAUUGAUCGUUGGGCUCACAAGUUAAACGCUGAAACUAAAGGUAUCGAGCCCGUUACCGAUGAAGAAAAAACCGAGAGCUCAGUGUGGAGCUCGGCGUCCAUGUGGUUGAGUGCCAACUUGGUCAUUGCCACUUUUGCCUUGGGUGUCUUGGGAAUCACCGUGUUUGAGCUUGCCUUUGGCCAAGCCGUGCUCGUGAUCAUUUCAUUUACUGCCCUUGGUAACUUCACAGUUGCCUAUUUCUCGUGCUGGGGUCCCGCUUUAGGUUUGAGACAAAUGGUGUUGUCGAGAUUCCUCAUUGGCGACUUGACCACGAGAAUCUUUAGUUUCAUCAACUGCUGUGCCACGAUUGGCUGGGGUGCCGUCAACAUCAUGUCGAGUGCCCAGUUGCUCCACAUUGUCAACAACGGCGCCUUGCCUCCUUGGGCCGGCUGCUUGAUCUUGGUUCUAGGCACCAUCUUGGUGACCUUUUUCGGCUACCACGUGAUCCACACCUACGAAAAAUACGCCUGGAUCCCCAACUUGGCCGUUUUUAUCGUGAUUAUCGUCCAGUUUGCCAGAAGCCACACCUUCCACAGCGACGACUUUGUCGGUGGCCAAACCACCGCGGGAAACGUUUUGAGUUUUGGCGGAACUGUCUUUGGUUUCGCUACUGGCUGGACCACGUAUGGCUCCGACUAUACCGUUUACCAGCCACGCAACACCAACAUGAUCAAGAUCUUCACCGCCAUCUUCUUGGGUAUCUUCUUGCCCUUGAGCGCUACCUUGAUCUUGGGUGCCGCCUGCGCCACGGGAAUCAAAACCAACCCCACAUGGGACGAAUUAUACACGAGCAACUCCGUCGGUGGCUUGGUCUACGGUAUCCUCGUUGUUGACUCCUUGCACGGCUUUGGCCAAUUCUGCUGCGUGGUGUUGGCAUUAUCUACCGUGGCAAACAAUGUCCCCAACAUGUACUCGAUGGCGUUAUCCGCGCAAACAUUUUGGUCGCCCUUAGCCAAGAUCCCGCGUGUGGCAUGGACCAUCUUCGGUAAUGGUGCCACGUUAGCCAUCUGUAUCCCCGCCUACUACUACUUUGAAGACGUGAUGGAAAAUUUCAUGAACUUGGUCUCGUACUACUUGGCCAUCUACGAGUCGCUCAUGUUGAGCUCCCACUGGAUCUGGCACAAGAGCAACUUUAGAGCAUUCGACCCCAUGCAAUAUAAUAAUAAGAAAGCUUAUCCUAUCGGUCUAGCUGGAACAUUUGGCUUCUGCUGUGGUGUCGCUGGUGUGGUGUUGGGUAUGAACCAAACGUGGUAUACGGGGGUCAUAGCUAAGAAGAUUGGCAAGUUUGGCGGUGACAUUGCUUUUGAGUUGGCGUUUGCCUUUGCGUUUGUUGGCUUUAACACUACUAGAUAUUUCGAAAAGAAGUAUAUUCGUUAA